AUGGAACCAUAUACAGGUCUUGUAAAUUCAGGAUUAUAUCCACAAUUAUCAAUUGUCUUCCUUGCUGUUGGUCUUCUUUUAACGGCCAGUUUUUUAAUUUAUGAAGUUACCACAAAAAAGAAUGAUAAAAAUAUUUUUAAAGAAGCAGGAUUGGCAACGGUAGCAUCAACAUUUCUUGGUAUUGGUUCUGUUUUCUUGAUGCUCUGGGUAGGAAUUUAUGUAUAA